AUGCUCUACGACAACUUCUCCUCGUCCCGGGACAGCAGCGACGGCACCUGCAGCAGCUGGAGCUCGGGCGCCACCGCUUUUCUGCACCGCUCCAUCAAAACGCAGAGCCGAGAAACCUUCCAGAAGCGGGUGCGGCGCAACACGGCGAGAUCGGGCGAACCGCGGGCGCCCGAGAGAAGCCGUACGCACACGGCCGAGACCAGAAAGCGGAAGCAGAGUCUGGACCGGGUGAUAUCGUGGCCGGGGGAGGAGUGGUCAGACGCCGCCGGGACGAGAUGCCUGGAUACUAGCGGUGGAAACGCCCGGGAAGAGGCGAUAAGGAGAGAGACCAAAGUGCUCGCCAAAGUUAGGUUCUCCCGGUUCUUGGAUGAUGUCACGACCAAUGUUUUCGACCAGAGCAGCCUGCAGGCGUUCAGGGUGUCGCCGGCGAGCUCCAUGGCGACUAUUCCGGAAGAGGAUUGGGGCGAGGGUUUGAGGGUGAAGUUGCCGCGGUCUCGUUGCGGUCCCAAAGAGGCGCAGACCGUGGCGGAAGACAAUUCAAAUUCCAAUAUUUCCAGCGACGAGUGCGUGAUCCCGCCGCCGCCGCAGUUCUGUCAAGGUUUUAAGAAGUUUGAGAAAAAGCGUGGGACUCGUUUGGACCAGAUGGACCAGGAGUCGAACCCCAGACCUCCAGUCAGAUCGGCCUCUCUCUGUCGCAUCAACCAGCCUCUGGUGGUGCCUCUGGUGGUGCCUCUGGUGGUGCCUCUGGUGGUGCCUCUGGUGGAGCCUCUGGUGGAGCCUCUGGUGGAGCCUCUGGUGGAGCCUCUGGUGGUGCCUCUGGUGGAGCCUCUGGUGGUGCCUCUGGUGGAGCCUCUGGUGGAGCCUCUGGUGGAGCCUCUGGUGGAGCCUCUGGUGGUGCCUCUGGUGGAGCCUCUGGUGGAGCCUCUGGUGGAGCCUCUGGUGGAGCCUCUGGUGGAGCCUCUGGUGGUGCCUCUGGUGGUGCCUCUGGUGGAGCCUCUGGUGGAGCCUCUGGUGGAGCACGGCGGAACUACAGCGCCUGUGGUAAGCCUCCGUCUCUCCAUCUCCCUCUUCUCCAUCUCCCUCCUCUUCAUCACCCUCCUCUUCAUCUCCCUCUUCUCCAUCUCCCUCCUCUUCAUCACCCUCCUCUUCAUCACCCUCUUCUCCAUCUCACCUCUGAAAUCUAAUGUUUUUUUUCUCUAG